AUGGCGCAGCAAGCUAAGUCGGAUACCGCGCAAGAACCGCUCGUUCUCAAGCUUCCUCAUCCAUACCUUACGGCAUAUACUGUCGCGAACGUGGCACCUAAAGGCCAGUCUGCUAGCUACCAAGUUCAGCUCUCUUCACAAAACGAUACCGGCAAAGGGAUCGCUCCACCCACAACUCUGCAUAACGAGACUGUCACGUUCAGCGACGUUGGGACUUUGAGCCAAGAUGCUGUACCGCCGAUGGGUGAUAACAGUUCUUGGGCGCGCACUCGAAGAUCUCCAUAUGUGACAGUUACGUGGACCCAAGAUCGUCCAUCUGUCCCGCAGCUCUGGCUCAUCGCCUACGCGUUGGUCUCGCUGCAUCCCCUAGUUGAGAACUUCCGCGUGCUAUUGUCAGGGAAGGACUCUCAAGCACUAGCCCAAGAGCUAUACGCCACUGGUCUCUUUCAUUCGCAUCCCAAGGCUUCCAACGCAUCGGCGCCUCAUGAUGGCCAUCUCCUCUUCCGAGGAACAUUCUGGCAGGGCGCGGCUUCUCCAUUCGGUGCUCGUCCAGUCUGGGCACCGCAUCUCGAUGCCUCAGGCAAGCCGAUCGACAGGCGAUAUCCUCCAUUCCCAUUCCAAAAUGCGCCAUCAACACAGUUCCCCGCUCUCCCCCGGCACACGCAGCAUCCAGUUCGUGAGCCAAAGCCCGAGCCAGGCUCGAUCAUCUAUAGCCGAUGGGUUCCACAUCUGAAGGAGCACUUCACGAUGGUGGCUCUCGACUACACCAAUGACGAGCAUCUCCGCCUAUUUAACAAGUGGCAAAACGACCCACGUGUCGCUGCGGGAUGGAACGAAACCGGUACCCUGGAUCAACACCGCGAAUACCUCCGAAAGCUGCAUGAGGACCCCCACGUACUCACCAUGUUCGCGGCUUUCGACGACAUACUAUUUGCGUACUUUGAAGUUUAUUGGGCGAUGGAGGAUCACAUGGGUGCUCACUACCAGUCUUCGCCUUACGACCGUGGCAGGCACUCACUCGUCGGCGACGUGCGGUUCCGAGGGCCAUAUCGCGUGUCUGCGUGGUGGUCUGGCCUAAUGCACUACAUGUUCCUCGAUGAGCCGCGCACCUGGAACCUGGUCGGUGAGCCCGCAGCAACAAGUAGCACAGUGCUAGCAUAUGACUUCGCCCACGGCUUCCAUGUUGAGAAGCUUAUGGACCUUCCUCACAAGCGCAGUGCGCUGAUGAUGGUCAACCGGGAGAAGUUCUUCACGCUUAGUCCAUUUACUUGGGACGGCGAGAAGAAAGUUCGCCCAAGCCUGGAUGCAGGCGCGAAAGCGAAACUGUGA